AUGUCAAUCGUCGGCAUCUCGCCCACUGACAUUGUCAAUGGUAUAAGAGUCACCAAAAGAGCCAUCGAAGCUCUCAGAGACCAAGAUGGAGCCAGAGAUGAUUUUGCCGACGCCUCGGCAAGUGUUGGCCACCAUAUUGAUGCCAUUCAGAAUCUUGAGAACGCAUUCAACGAUACUUCAGAUCGGUCGACGCAGCUGAGCACCGGUAUACCAGACAAGGUUCGAGAUCGCUGGAAUACCCUUGACUCUUGGAAGAGCAUCAAAGGUCUAGGUUGGAAAAGUAUCAGAACUUGGGGGCUCAUGCUGCUCACCCGAAAUCGAAGAUGA